AUUCCAGGCCCAAGAAGGCUUGCCUAUUUUUAUUGAGCUGUGGGUGGAGUAACACGAAUGUAAUCAGCUUGCGGGGAGGCAGUUACUUUGUGCAACAAAUUAAGCAUUGACCAGCUGAGCCAUAUAUAGGCAAAUAGUGCUCUACUGGAUACUUUCAGGUCUCCAGAGAGUGCAACGUAAAGCAAUCUGCUGGCAGCCUGUACUUCAGCAAUCGAACCCUUCUCACUGAGCUCAUGCUUUGCACUGUUAACCAUUGCUGCUUUCUUGUGCUGCAUGUAUAUAUCUAUCCCAUGAGUUUGGAGCUGUUGGUUUUGAGAAGGGCUGGCGAAUACCGUUUGUUUCUGAAGAUGAUGCGUUAAGGCCUUGUGGUAAGAAGUCACUGGUCUCAGGAUGUAGUAAACAUUAAAGGAAGUGACGGCGUGCCUUACUUUGGAAUUGCCUCUGGCAAACUCAUUCCCUUGUGCAAGUUGGUUUUGAUAUAUUUAUAACUCCAAAAGAGACAUGAAGGUGUAAAAUACCAUAUUUCAAGAAGUAACUCCGCCCAUGCCAAGCAUUCUAACGUUGUGGACCAAUCUCUGUAGCACUAUAUCAAAUGCUUCAUUAAAAUCUAAAUAAAGGACAUUCAAAAAGUUCUUUCUAUCAAGGUUGGCCAUUAUGCACCUUAAGCCAUACCCAAAACUUCAAAAGAAAGAUGCAUCUCUUGAAUCAAGCCAAGAGGCACUUGGAGGGCUUUGCUCCAGCCAGCAUGCAACAGUGAGAGUUGAAAGAUGCCAAUCCACCUACAAUAAUCGGUCAUGUUGUAAAUCCAUUACAGUUAGUACAGUGGCAUCUCACAUCAGCUUGUGGUGUCCAAGACCUUUUGGUUUCAUUUCUCAAAAUAAAAUGUGCAAUAUGAGGAAUCCAGUUGAUAAUCUUGCCUUUAAGGGAAGAAAGAAACACACAUCUGAAAAUACUCUGCCUCCUUCAAUUCAUCAGGAAGAAGGGGAGGCACCACUGGAUAUCUGGGCAGUCAUAAAACCUGGUAACACAAAGGAGAAAAUAGCCUUCUUUGCAGCACAUCAGUGCAAUAACAGGACUGGUUCCAUGAAAAUAAAAAGCAGCUGGGAUACUGAGGUAACAACUGCUAAACGCAGAAGAAAAUCUGCUGAUCUAGAGAAAGUAAAAAUUCAACCAAUGAGAAUAAAAGAUAAUGUGAAGGAUGUUGACAGAAGGUGUUUACAUGCUGAUCCCCCAACAACCAGUAACAGUGAGGAAAAUUCAUCUGUAAAUAAUGAGAAGCAAAAUGGUGAAGGACUGUGUCACAGCAGCUCCCUUUCUGUGGCAGAAAUGGUGGCUUUUCUAGAACAAAGGGCAAAUUCUCUGCUCCCAGACUGUAGCAAAACAUUUACAAAUGCCAGUGCCAACAUACCAGGUAUUGUGCAUUCAAAGGGAGGGCCUCCAUUACCAGAAGCCAUUUCUGCCAUAGGACCUGAGUUUGGCUUAAGCCACAAAAAGUCCACUGAAAAUAAUAAACUACAGGGUGAAUAUGUCAGAGUUAUAGAAGUUAUAGCAAAGCUUGAAUCAGAGUGCUUGAAGAAUCAGCAUGACCGAAAUGGAGAGAGUUUGUCCAGGAAUAAUAGUUUUCGGAGAGGGGUGGGGAGGGUUUUGCUGACUAGUCCACACCAAUCAGAGCAAAGCACCAAGAGUGCAGAGGUCAUUACAACAUCCAUGGGGGUAUCCAAAGCAGCUGAUAAUAUUGGGGAAAACAAAGAACAAUACAGCCACAUAAGCACAAGCUGUACUGAACCGUGCACUGAAUCACAGGAAGAUGCUACACAUGGUCCACCUCAAGCAAAUGACCUUUCAGGUCAUUCAGGUGUUGUGUUGGAUCUUUCUAACAAAAAGUCUUCAUUAAUCUGCAAAGAAGCAACAUCAUUGCCAAACAGUACUAGAGAAGUUUUCAGCAGUGAUGUCAGGAUGCCAGUGGAGUCCUGUAAUACCCCAUCCCUAUGUUGGGAAACAAACAAUAAGUUUGUAUCAAACUUAACUUUACCAGGGAAUGGUAAGCGUGAGUAUGCAAAUGACUUUACUGUUGACAAAGAGCUGGUGUCUUGUAUGGUGGAUGGAAAUCUGGUUAGAAGAGUGAAUGGAGCAACGGAAUGUAGAUCAGUAUCUAGAUCUAAUCGGGAAGAGUCUAAUCCUUGUGAGGAACCACUUCCUGGAGAAUUAUUUUUCACACUUGAACAGUCCCAUACAGAAAACUUGGAUUCAAAUGAAAAUACUACUGAGGAACUCCAGGAUGUUGCACAAUGCAAGGACGACUUUGUGACUGCUAAAAGCAAAACAAUUGACAGAAGUUGCUUAGAAGCAAAUCAGGACAAUUCUCUUCUAUCUUUCAAAACCACAUGCCCUUCAUUAACUGAGCUCUUUCCUCUAAGAAGACAAGUAUCUCAUGAAUUCCUAGAAACACGUUUCAAAAUCCAACAGCUUCUUGAGCCUCGGCAGUACAUGGUCUUUUUACCACACCACAUUAUGGUGAAGAUUUUCAUGUUCCUCCCUACCAAAACUCUGGCAGCUCUGAAAUGCACGUGCCAUUAUUUCAAGUUCAUUAUAGAAAACUAUGACAUUAGAGCAACAGAUUCACGCUGGGUUUGUGACCCACGAUACAAGGAUGAUCCAUGCAAGCAGUGCAAAAAGCAUUACUCAAAAGGGGAUGUGUCACCAUGUCGGUGGCACUCAAAACCCUAUUACAAAGUUUUACCUUAUGGGCGCUCAUACUGGAUGUGCUGUUGGCAGACAGAAAAAGAUUCACCAGGCUGUAAAAUUGGGCUUCAUGAUAAUAACUGGGUGCAGUCUUGUAAUCACAUCCAACAAAUAUGUGAAAAAGCAAAGAAGAAUGGAGAAGGAAUGUGACUUUAAAAAAAAAUGGUGGAUUUGGUUUCACCUGACUGGAGAUUUAAGAAAAUUCCUGUUGGAUGAACUGCUUCCUGUAGAAAUUGGAAUAUUUGUCAGUCCUGCACUGUUUACAUUGUACAAUAUGAUCAUAUUGGCUUAUAUGAAUCUGCAUGUACAGAACUGCAGCAACUGUUAACUGUGCGAGAAGUGCAGUAUUUGCUCUAUCAUGUGUUUGAUCAAUGAUAAUAUUGUACUGUUAAUGUAGCUGGCACAGCAACAAACCACUACAACGCAGCUAUGUCAAUGUUGCAGUUAGCCUGUUUUAAAUUUUGGUCUUUCUUUUGAAUAGUUUGUAUAUUCUACCUAAAAUUACAGUUAAGUGAAAAUGCAAAAUAUUGGCGUGGGAAUGAACUCGAAACACAUCUUAACAAAAUUGGUCAUCUAAGACAUAGUUAGAAUUAUGAUAGUCAAGUGUUGCUAUAUGAUGUUGGGGCAAAUACAUGGAAAAAUGUUAUGUUGGCAUUGCAAAAUUACAGGUUAUGCAAAAUGUAAAAUGGCUUGAAUUUUUUUCAGUAAUAUUGUUUGGAUCUUCAGUUUUAAUUUCCAUAUCAGUGCUUUUGAUUGAGUUGCAGUAAUUUUUGGGAGCCUGUUUUCUGGUCUUAAAAGGAAAUUAAGUUGAACUCUUAUUUUCUUUGCUUUGUGUUUUUGUAAGUCUCAUUCAGAUAGUUAUAAAAUGUAAGGCUGUUCACGAAGUGCUUUCGACAAGUAAAGAUACUUUGCACAGUGCAAAUUUUUUUUUCCCUACUUGAUUUAGAGUCUUAGAGUCAUUUGUACAUCUUUUGGUUUCUGAAAGCACUUAUACAUAUUUUGCUAUUUAGUCAAUAACUGAACACAUCUCUUUUAAACUCAGUUAAGGUUUGAACUGUUGAUGCUGUAAGUGGAGAGUCAUAUAAACCCUUGUAUAAAGCAAUCAUUUUAGUGAGGUAGGUAUUUUAAUAAGAUUAACCAGUUAUUGUGUUGAAAUAAGAUGUAACUCAACUUUCUAUCAAAAACAAAAUUCAUUAUGCCAUGGCAAACAAUGUUCUGAUCCAACUGAUAUGUUUAUCAUAUUUAAAAUCUGCUUUAUUGAUGAGCAAUAAAAAUCUAUUUUUAAACAAAGCCUUCUACAAAAUAAAGCCAUAAAUUUCAUCUUGACAUAAAGUAGUGUGGGGCAAGAUAUAUACCUCAUCCCCCAAAAUAUUAAGACUAGGUCAUUUUUAAAUCUUAGUAACAUAUUAAAUUGCCAUGGUUUAAUAAUAACUACUUCAGCUGCAGCACCAGACUAAGAUCCCAAUGCCCUUGUGGUUUUAUAUUUUGAGUUACAGUUGAAAGCUCUAUUCCAGCUUGACUUUAAAAUGAUUCAUUUUUAAUUUUCCCUCUCAUCUCAAAAAAAAAUGGAAGCAGCAAUAGAAAAGCAUCCUCUCAUCUCUUUGGCAUUGCCUGAAUCAGGGAUGGACAUUUUUACAUGCGUAGGUGUGUGUGUUUGUGUGUGUACCAUAUAUAUUUUUAAAAAUCUGACUUCUGAGAUUUCCCUUCAAAAGAAACAACUGCACAAAAUUCAUCUCAAUUCAUGCCCUUGUGUGAGUAGUUGUUUUCUCAACUCUGGGGAUAAAUAUUUUAUUUAAUAUUGUACUUGUCUCUUAACUGCAUUAUUGAAAAUGUUCAAUGUUGUGAAACAGUGGUGAAGUUUAAGGCUAAGCCAGGAAACUCUGGGAACAUUCAGCAGAUUAGGUAACAUUUGUGGAGAGGGAGGGUUCUGACGAAGGUCAUCAACCUGAAAAGCGAACUCUAUUCCUUUCUCCAUAGGUACUGCCUGGCCUGCUAAGUAUUCACAUAAUUUUUUUUUCAGAUUUCCAGCAUCUGCAGUAUUCUGUUUAAGCUAAGAUAUUGUGCCUAGUUACCCCAUAACAAUGCUGUCUCUUUUCAAAAGUCACUGUCUGUAACACUCCCAAAACUAGGUUGUAAGAGUACUGAUGUAUUUUUUUUUCUAAAUAAAUCUUUUAAAGCACUUUUA